UGUCAAACACCAUGCAUAAGUAAACUACGUAGCUCUUGAGAAUACACGGAACCCACGGUGUGCUAAGUGAAGUGACAGACAGCUAAGACUUUAAAGGUUUUAAAUUAACUGUUCUAUUCGUUUUGUUUGCAGCUCUUGGGAGUCUAUUACUAAGUGCAGAUUAUUUGUUUGUAUGCGUUCCUGUAGCGUGUCUACUUUGUAACUGUCCAAACUCAACCCAACCUGUCAAGCCGUGCCAAUGACGAGGAAUGGAUAGUGUGCCAGUCAAAGGUGGAAGGAUGGUUUAAAGUAAUUAACUAUCGCACGGGGACAGUGGCGCAGCGAUGGACAAGGACGCACUCCGCCAGUGCGAACUCAUCCAGAAUAUGAUCGAGAUCUCCAUCUCUAGUUUACAAGGACUCCGAACCAAAUGCGCUACAUUGAGUGACCUCACUCAGAAAGAAAUACGCACUUUGGAGGUGAAGCUGACUAAGUACAUCUGUAAGCAGCUGCAGUGUAAGCAGAGAGUGCCUGAGAGACAGAGGACCCAGGCUUUGGCCAGCUACCCUCGACUGGGAGACUGGCUCUGCACCAUCAACCUCAGACCUGAACUCAUACAGGCUGUACCAGUGAAGCUGUCCCUGGAUGCUUUGCUGCAGAUGUCCAGUUGUCAGGUGCAGGACACCAUGAGACGGCUGGGCUCCAACCCAGAGGAGUGCUCUCGACUCACCGUUGCCCUCUCCUGCCUGAAGAAUGCUACUGAGAUAGGUGGGGACAUCAGGGAAGACACAGGAACCUUGAUAACAGAGUCGCCCCGCCGUGACAGUAACACAUUACCUCCUCUGGACCGUCGCCCCUCCACCCCCGCCACACUACCCUGUGGCCCCAUCCUCAGUCCCCACACCCACGCCCGUUCUGUCUCUGUGACUGUUGUACCCUGUGUGGACGAUAAGGGGCAUAAAGUCUACACAGGCGACAUGACAGACACCUUCCCCUCCUCGCCGCUGCUCCUCUCCAAUUUCCCUCCCUCCAAGAGACGCACCAAGCACCCCCCACACGCGCCCCCACCCCCCUCCCGAAUGCUGCUGCAGCUCCCCUUCAACAUCACCCUCACACGCAGCAAGAGCCACGAGUCACAGCUGGCCAAUCGCAUAGAAGAGCCAGUGCCCAACAACAAGAGGGGGAAGAAGAAUAAGCUGCUCCUGAACGUGCACAUCAACAGUAGCAGUGGGAACGGGUGUGAAGACUCCGCCUGCACCCCUGGUCCGGCCACCACCCCCUACACCCUCCCAGGCACCCCUACGCUGCUCGAACGUGAGACCUGCUGCCCCAGUGGAACCUGGGAACUCUGCCGUUCUGCAUUUCCCUUUCUCUCUUUUCCUCCCUUUCUGUUUCCCUCAUACUCGAUUAGAACUCCAUCACUUUUCUCCUGUCUUUUUUUCUCUCUCUCUCUUCCCCCGCCUCCCUGUUGCUAUCUCCUGUCCUCUGUUCCCCUUUGUCUAGCUCCUCUCACACUCCCUCACUCUCAUUUCCUUCCAGAUAACCUGGCAUUGCACCGGGGGUCUCCACAGAUAAUGAGGAGAGAUAUCGGCCUCUCUGUAACACACAGGUUUUCAACCAAAUCCUGGCUCUCACAGACAUGCCAGGUGUGUCAUAAGAACAUGAUGUUUGGUGUUAAGUGCAAACACUGCAAGUUAAAGUGCCAUAACAAAUGUACCAAAGAAGCCCUUCCCUGCAGGAUAUCUUUUCUUCCACUCCCGCAAAUCCGCCGGGCAGAAUCUGUACCAUCCGAUAUCAAUAAUCAAAUUGACCGCACGGCAGAGUUACCAAUCCAGUUUGGCACUUUACCUAAGGUGCUAACCAAAAAGGACUACCCUCCCAUGCUGAGCCAGAUGGAUUCCAGCAGUAACCCCUCCUCCACCACUUCCUCUACACCCUCCUCGCCCACCCCCUUCCAGCAGAGCAACCCCCCCAGCGUCACCGCCACACCGCCCCCCAAUCCCUCGCCCGGACCCCAGGGGCCCAGAGACAGCCGAUUCCACUUCCCAGACGUUUCCUCUUCACCGUAUCCUGUUGGACUAGACUCUGAAGGCCACCAUGGCACUGGAGACACACAGCAACUGGCCCAAUCAGAACCUCCAUCUCAGGGACAGGAAGGAGGAUCGGAAGAGGAGGCAGAAGAGGAGGAAUACCUAGGAGAGGAGGAUGAGGGAAAUGGUAGCAGGGAGAGCAGAGAGAAGGGCCACACAAACGGAGAGUGUGAUGGGGACGAGUUAGAGGACCUGCCCAGCUACCGGGGCAGGAUGGCCGGGGGCCGAUGGAGGGGACCCAUCUCCCGUAAGGCCAGCCAGACCAGCGUGUACCUGCAGGAGUGGGACAUCCCCUACGAGCAGCUGGAGCUCGGGGAGCUCAUUGGCAAGGGCCGUUGGGGGAAGGUUCAUAAGGGGCGCUGGCAUGGAGAGGUGGCCAUCCGGCUGCUAGAGAUAGAUGGUAAUAACCAGGACCACCUGAAGCUGUUUAAGAAGGAGGUGAUGAACUACAGGCAGACCCGCCACGAGAACGUGGUCCUCUUCAUGGCGGCCUGCAUGGCCCCGCCACACCUCGCCAUCAUCACCAGUUUCUGCAAAGGUCGGACACUAUUCUCAGUUGUAAGAGAUGCCAAGAACACACUAGACCUCAACAAGACAAGGCAGAUUGCUCAGGAAAUUGUUAAGGGUAUGGGCUACCUUCAUGCUAAAGGAAUCGUUCACAAGGACCUUAAGUCCAAGAAUGUGUUCUAUGACACAAACAAAGUGGUAAUCACAGACUUUGGUCUUUUUGGAAUGUCCGGAGUGGUACAAGAGUACCACAAGAGGCGAGAGAACGAACUAAGGCUCCCUCAUGGCUGGAUCUACUACCUGGCCCCUGAGAUCGUCCGCAGGAUGGGUACUGGGAACCAUGAGGACCGCCUGCCUUUCUCCAACGCUGCAGACGUCUACGCCUUUGGCACCAUUUGGUACGAGCUGCAGGCCCGUGGCUGGCCACUCACCAACCAGCCAGCAGAGGCCACCAUCUGGCAGGUGGGCAGCGGAGAGGGCAUCAAGAAGGUCCUGGCAAAGGUCAGCCUGGGCAAGGAGGUCACGGAGAUACUGUCUGCCUGUUGGUCCUUCAAGCCAAAAGAGCGUCCCUCCUUCACCCAGCUGACUGACAUGCUGGAGAAGCUGCCGAAGCUCAACCGCAGGCUCUCCCACCCAGGACACUUCUGGAAGUCAGCCGAGCCCUGGGUUCAUCAUCAUUGCCUGCGGGACCACUGCAGUAAGGGCCUGCAGUCUCGCUGCCCCUACAUAUACAAAUAACACAUCUCUCAGUGGCAACUUGUGCUUAUCAAUUAUAAGGAAUAGCCUGUUUGGUAUUAGAUUCAGAGGAAUUCAGAGGAAUGGAUGACCCUGCAUAAUGACAUCAACUGGUAUUGCAGCCAAUAGAGUAACCAAUAUAUAGAGUAAUGUAUCUUUGUCAACUUGCUAAAUGUACCAUAAUGCACUGCCUGGGUUGUUUGUUAGUUUGUUGUUCUUUGCCUAACUGCAGUUCAUGUAUUGACAUUUUGGUACUAGUAGUGGCUAAUGCAAACGGUCUAGUCUAACCGUUUGCUUUCUUUAAAGUUUCCUCUCUCUCUCUCUCGUUCGCUCUGUACUCUCUCUCGCACUACCUCUCUUCUCUCUCUCACCCUACAACUUAGGUUCUAGCCUUCAGUAUGCAAGAGGAAGUAAUACUAUGAGGUUUAAUGUCAAAUGUUGAUUUGCCUCUUGUGCACUCUUUGUGUGCCUGUGUCAGCAUGCCCUGUAUGUGUGUGUAUAUAGGGACAUGUGUGCAUGCUUGUUUGGUUGGUAGCUGAAUGUAAUGUCCUGGACAUCCAGAGGUUAACCCUGUGAAAGACUGUAGUGAUUGAACGUUAGCAGUGAUAACAAAACAAAGAUAAAUGUAUCCAAUCUAUAUAAAUAAAUAUAUAUAUAUAUAUACAGUGCCUUGCGAAAGUAUUCGGCCCCCUUGAACUUUGCGACCUUUUGCCACAUUUCA